AAGCACUUGUGUGCUGUGUUUCUCGCACACGCCACCUGAGUACAAAUGGGCCGCCUGCUGACGCGUCAUCACAUUCAGGCUGUAAUUAUGUCAUCUCCCAGCUGGGACGCAGGUGCGACGUCAGGAGGCUAAAAUGCUGGAUGCAACUUUUUUUAAUUCCCCCCCCCUCCCCCAACGCGAUAAACUUCGGCAAGAAAGUCAAGGGUCGUCCUGACAGGUCAGUCGUGUGGUUGAAAGCAGUCAUUUUAAGUGAAAAACAACUUAUAACUAAGUAACAAUGGGCGAUAAUACAAAAAAACAACAACAACAACAACAAUGCUAUAAAUAGUAACAGGCUUAAAUCGCGUUCGUAAAACUGAUGGAAGUGUGUGAUGCGUUCAAGGAAUUCCUAUUUGUGAAAGUGGAACUUUGCACAUGCAUUCACAGCUUAGUCGUGCGAAUUCCUUCUUUAGCUUGGAGUGUGAACACAACACAAGACCAACAUGUUCAGCCGUCUCCUUGGCAACAUUGUCAUAGUGAACUUGACCACUCCUAAACAAUUUGUUUUGUAGUUCAAUGAACGCGCUGAUUUCCGGAUCAUGAGAAGACUCCUAUGAAGAUUAGGAUUUGCUAAGUCCAGGAGGUACCUGGAUUUAGCGUUGACUGAUUGUUCAAGCGGAGAUAAUGCCUGAUGAAGAGCCUUGGGUGGGAACAUGGAGGCCCCACAGACCGCGAGGGCCCAUAGCUGCCCUCUAUAGCAGCCCAGGGCCAAAGUAUGCACUUCCUUCACUGACAGGUUCUACUCUACAUGAUCCGACAAAAUACAAAGCACCCAGUUACAGCUUUCGGGCCCACUAUGACAUAAGCGCGCAAGAAAUCUCACCUGGACCUAAACACCUCAUCCCCUCCAACAUCACCAAAAACGGCCGUGAUGGGACGCCAGCAUUUUCGUUCGGCACUCGCCCCAAGGACCUAGCGCGGGCCCAAGUCCCGGCACCCAACCAUUACCAACUUGAAAGUUCAGACAAGGUCACUUACCACUCUUCUCCUUCUUAUACGUUGUCUGGGAGGUGGAAACAAGUUAUACAGAGCAACCAGACUACACCUGGUCCAGCAUCGAACAGUCUACCUCCUGUGCUGGGACCCAAAACUGUCACUAUACGCGCAGCACCCGCACACUCGCUCUACGGUCGCAGUAAAAAUGGCAACUUCAUGGAAGACUACACAAAGUCUCCAGGCCCUGCUGCCUACCAAGCUGUCGACCCCAAAGUUUACCUCACCAAAUCCCCUCAAUACAGUAUGCCGGGGCGCAAGUUCAUGCCUCAGAGCGCUACGAGGACACCAGCACCUGGAGUCUACUGUCCCGAAAAGGUCACCACCACGCACUCCAAAGCACCAGCCUUCACCUUUGGAUUACGUCACUCGCAGUACACCAUAUGCCCCAUCAUGGAUGCAGAUAAAUACCAACAGUCGUUCUCCUUCCUUUGAGCUGGACAUUUCAACACAGCGGCAUCAGAUGAGGCAAAGCGGUCAAAGACAGCAGAUGAGAUUCAUUGAUGAGAUCUCACAGUUCAGCGUUUGCAAUGCUUUGUCUCGUCUGUGAAUGUGAUUCACAAUUGCAAACCGUCGGGAAAUGUCCCUCCUUUCCAUCACAUCCAACUGUGGCUCAUCCUCAAUUAAGGUUUACUGAACCACGCUUCAAUCUACCCUGCAGGUGGCAAUUGUGAUCUCAUCGGUGUCAGGAGAAUUUAUUACUUUGCGUUCUACAGUAUUUUAAUAAUAAAUAAUAAAGUAAUUAUGUUUUAGUUUGUGGUACAGUAAGCUCAGCAUUCAUACACUGGCUUAUUUUUAUGUGCCUUCUCUUCUGGCAGGAAAUUACAGAGCAUUGUGUAAUAUUGUUUUUCCAGUUAUUGUGCAAAAUUAUUCACUGCAUGUCUGCCUCAAAAUUGGGCUAUUUUGCACACUUUAUGCACCAUUCUAAACAGUAGAAUGGUACAUAAAGUAUGCAAAAUAGCCCAAUAACAUGAAGAAAAAUGGCAAAUUGUGCCACUUGUGAUUUACAGCUUAAAUCUCACAAAGGCACUUAAAUUCUUAAUAUGGCCAGGGUCUGAAUAAUGUUUUUGGCUUAAAUAGUCAUGUCCUUUUUGUAUAUUGAAUUUGUACAAAUAAGAAAUGUAAAGUUUAUUUUAUAUAUACUGCAUAGAUAUUUAUAAUGUUAUGUAUGUGGAUUUUAUGGUGAGAA